CCUCUUUCUCUCAUUCUCCUGCUACUGGAACUCACGGCCACACCUUUGUGUAGCAGGAGAAACCCCACUCUCACUCUUAAAUUUUCAGUCUAUAUACGCAUAUAAACCGCUUUCUCUCUCUCCGAGCAAGCUAGAAAACCAUGCCUUCGCUAGUUCUUUCUGAUCCUAUUCUCUCCGAAACCCCCAAGGACAAGAAGGAGAAGAAGAACAAGAAGAUGAAGACCGGGGGCGAAACCCUAGCAACCGAUUCUCUGGCUAGCGAGAAGAAGCUGAAGAAGGAGGGUAAGAAGCGAAAGGCGUUGGAGAUUGAGGAUGAGGACCAGAGGAGCGACACCAGCUCGGAGCUGGUUGAACCGAUGAAUUGGAAGUCCGAGGAGUCGGAGGAGAAUAAGAAGAAGAAGAUGAAGAAGGCGAAGGUUGAUGAGGAGGAGAAUCCGAAUGCGGUGUCCAGGUUUCGGAUUUCCGAGCAGUUGAGGGCCAGGUUAAAGGAGAAGGGCAUCGAGUCGUUGUUUCCGAUUCAGGCAAUGACCUUCGACACCAUUCUCGACGGCUCUGAUUUGGUCGGUCGUGCGCGCACCGGUCAGGGUAAAACACUGGCCUUUGUGUUACCCAUCUUGGAGUCAAUUACAAAUGGGCCUGCAAAAGCAUCAAGGAAAACUGGAUAUGGGAGGGCACCAAGUGUUUUGGUACUUUUACCUACCAGGGAAUUGGCUAAUCAGGUGCAUGCUGACUUUGAAGUUUAUGGUGGAGCGUUGGGGAUGACAUGUUGCUGUGUGUAUGGCGGAGCUCCAUACCAUAGUCAAGAGGUUAAACUCAAGAGAGGGGUUGAUAUAGUUAUUGGAACACCUGGUCGAAUUAAGGAUUUCAUAGAGAAGGGGAGUAUUGACUUUAGCUCUUUGAAGUUCCGGGUCCUUGAUGAGGCUGAUGAAAUGCUGAGAAUGGGUUUUGUUGAUGAUGUUGAACUAAUUCUAGGUAAGGUAGAGGAUGCAAAAAAAGUUCAGACACUGCUUUUCAGUGCCACCAUGCCUGACUGGGUUAAACGGAUUGCUGCUAGAUUUCUAAAAGCAAACAAGCAAACUGCUGACCUUGUUGGUAAUGAGAAAAUGAAGGCUAGUACCAAUGUUAGGCAUAUUGUCCUUCCCUGUUCUAGCUCUGCAAGAUCCCAGCUUAUUCCAGAUGUUAUACGCUGUUAUAGCAGUGGAGGCCGGACAAUUAUUUUUACUGAAACAAAGGAUUCUGCUUCUCAACUUGCUGGGUUGUUGCCAGGAGCACGGGCUUUGCAUGGGGAUAUACAGCAGGCUCAACGGGAGGUCACCCUUGCUGGCUUCAGGUCUGGAAAAUUUAUGACUUUAGUGGCCACAAAUGUGGCGGCACGAGGUUUGGACAUCAAUGAUGUGCAAUUAAUCAUCCAGUGUGAACCUCCACGUGAUGUAGAAGACUAUAUCCAUCGAUCUGGACGCACAGGAAGAGCAGGUAAUUCUGGAGUGGCAGUAAUGCUUUAUGACCCAAGAAAGUCCAAUAUAUCUAAAAUUGAAAGAGAAUCUGGUGUAAAGUUCGAGCACAUAUCUGCUCCUCAGCAAGCUGAUAUUGCCAAGGCUGCUGGUGCGGGAGCUGGAGAGAUGAUAACCCAAGUCUCUGAUAGUGUAAUUCCUGCUUUCAAGGCUGCUGCCGAGGAGUUGCUGAACACUUCUGGUCUAUCAGCAGUUGAAUUACUUGCAAAAGCUCUUGCCAAGGCUGCUGGUUAUACUGAUAUAAAGAAAAGAUCAAUUCUCACUUCGAUGGAGAAUUUUGUUACUGUAAUUCUUGAGGCUGGAAGUCCAAUCUAUACACCAUCUUUUGCUUUUAAUGUGCUGAGGAGAUUCUUGCCCGAGGAGAAGGUUGAUGCGGUGAAGGGUCUUGCUCUCACAGCUGACGGAAAGGGUGCUGUCUUUGACGUUCCUGCUCAAGACCUGGAUACAUUUCUUGCUGGUCAGGAAAAUGCAGCUAAUGUGAGCUUAGAGGUGUUGACAACAUUGCCGGCCUUGCAGGAAAGAGAGCAGUCAAGAGGGGGAAGAUUUGGCGGCGGUGGUCGGGGUGGCUUUGGUGAUAGAAGUGGGGGUAGGUUUUCCGGUGGAAGAGGUGGUAGGGGUGGUGCUUUUUCUGGCAGAAGAAAUGACAGGUUUGGCUCUAGCGGUGGGGGGAGGGGUCGCGGCAAAAAAUGGUGAAGGGCUUCUAAGCUGUUAAUCAAAGUAUGCAAGGGGCCCAGGGGUGUGCAUUGGUUUGCGGAAGAGGCGGAGUUAUGAUAAUGAAGAAAAUAUUCGAUAACGGGCCAUCUCUGAGGGACUUUGAAAUCUAGAUUGGCUCGGUAUAGAAAGUUUUCUAUUUUGUUGUAUUUCACCCUUUAUAUUUUAUUAGGUUUUGGGGAUUUUUCCUUUGUCUCCCCAUUUGUUUUUCAUUUUUGUUGCAAUUGUAAGAUGACGCUCGAAUUUCUAUUGUGAGUGAUCCACAAUAAACGAAAAAUAGAGGAUCUAUAUAUUAUUAAUAUAUUCUUUCGUCUA